CCCCCCACCCCUCUUCCCUGCUCUGCUCUGUCGCAGAUUUAGCCCUGACUACAUGCAGCUUUCGAAUCCUCUCUCCGGCUCAUUCUUUCUCCCUGGCUGUCGCUCCCGUAGGAAGCAGGAACGCCGGGUAGGAGGAAAGCCUUGGCAGCUUUCUCCCUGCAGGGCCCUUCUUCCCCUCUGCUGCCCUCUUGCCCGAGCAUGGGCGCCAUCAGUCCGUCCACAUCCUCUCUGUGUAGUCUUUGUGUGUGAAUGAUAGCUGCACCGGUGCUCCAGAACCGGGAGGUUUCAACAACCCCCAAAGAGAUUUCAGAAGCCGGUGUCGGUCGUUGGGCUCCCUGAGAUUUCACAGUCGGGCUCUCUGCUGCGCCUAUUCUUGGUGGUAUGUCCUCAUGGACUGUUGUGUUUGGAUACCCUGACAACUGCAGACAGUGAGGUAACCACUUUGCGGGCCUGCCGUCUCUUUCAGCAGAACCACCAGUAACAUGAUGCCAAAAAGGGAUCUUGAAAGAGAUCUGGAGCUGGACAAGAAGAUCGAGGCUCUCCGCAGGAAGAACGAAGCGCUCAUGAAGAGGUACAAGGAGGUGGAGGAGGACAGGAAAAAGGCAGAAGAGGAAGGGAUGGCACUGCAGAGCCGAAAAGGCAAAGCUGAUGACCUCACCAUCACCAUCAGCAAGUCCACAGAUGAGAGUCGGGUUGUGGUAACGAAGCAGUUGGGCAGCGGGCCUCCAGCUGGGACAGGACAGCAGGAGGGUGGGGCUGAGGAGGUGGGAGAAGGCUCCUGUCAGGGGACGGGGCGAGGCGCCAGGAAGCAGCUGACAGUCACAAUGGUUGGCAAAAAGGGUAAAAGGGCGGUGAGCGAGAGGCUAGAGAAGCUGCCGGGCCCCACAGAUGUCAAGAGCCCCCUGGAUGAAGGACAGACGAGGCGAAUGGAGUCAGCUGGGAGAGGAAGGCAGCCGUCUAAGACGACGAAGAGAGAGUCAUCAUCAACGGCAGCGACGCAGGAGGAGAUUAAACAGGGGCCGAUGAACGCUGAGGAGCACCACAAGGCUACAGAGCAAGGGCAGGAGCCUGAGAGCCCGCAGGCCAACACAGACCUCAACAUCCCGACAUCAAGAGAGGAGCAGGAGGAGUAUCUGCGGUGGAAGAAGGAACGGGAGCAGAUUGACAGGGAGAGGGUAGCUCGCCACAAAAACGCAAAGGGCCAGUGGAGACGGGCGUGGGACAUGGACAAAACCGAAAACAUGUUUUCAGACAAAUCUCUUCCUGAUAGAGAGUGGGGGGCUUCAACUAGAGGACGAAAUGCAAGGAGAGGUCAGCAGAAGGCGGGCUCGAAAGGUCACGACAGGCGAGGCAAAGACAAGGCAGCUAAAAACGUGCUUGUGACGGGCAGCAAAGCAAAAGGCAAAGAUCGACUCACCGGGAGGGCCAGGAGAUGGCAGGAAAAUGAUGAUGGAGAGAAUCCACAGACUGCUGAAACAACACUGGAGGAAUUCCUUGAAGAACUCGACGCCCUAACGGAGGCUAACGGAGGGAAUCUGAAAGAUCAAAACUCAAAGGCAGAGCCAGAUCCCCCGAGUGCGCCCAAAGACAUGUGCGAUUCUGAAAGCUUGAAAGAGGACACCAUUACUCAGAGCAAAGCGGCGACCUCAUCCCCUCGAGGACUCGAGAAGAAAGUACGUUUCUCAGAGGAGCUCAUCCAGACGGCUCCAGCAAAGCAAACCACAACCCCUUUGCAUCCUGCAAGUCCAGAAUCCAAAGGCACUUUGAAAGCCUCCCCACCGAAAUACAGUGAGAUGCAGCGGCCUCGUGUAAGUGCCGAGCAGGAUGAUAGUAGUUCCCAGGAUAAAGGAGGGGGUAUUCCUGCUCCUCCAGUUGACCAGCAGACGUUUAAAACUCAUGAUAUUGAAAAAGACACCAGCAGCCCCGCAGUGCCCAGCCCCACGCCUGCUGAAGAAACCAACACCUCCCCUCACAAGAGCCAUGUCCAUCCGGAAGAGGUGACCAAGUGCAACAGCAGCAGCACACACACAGAUGAACUGAUGGACUCCACUCUGUCUGUCCUGAGAAUAGAGUCAGGAGAGUCACACCCAGCGCACUCCACCAGCAAUGACAAGGCAAGAGAGCACGGCAAGGUUGUUUGACAUUUCAGAACGUAAAAACCUGAAACCAAAACGCUUGGAUGCUUUUUGCCUCGACGGCCUCCGAGCUAAAAGCCAACGUUUCAUUUCGCAGCGGCGCGACCCUCCUGCUGAAUAUCAUUUCUGACACCAGAUUGGGAAGUGUUAAUGAGCAUUUCAAAUAUGUUUUACAUCCUAAGCACUUUAUGAGUAUACAGGACUGUUUUACUGAGACAUUCUUCAGUACGUUAGUAAGCUGCUUGUGUGCAAUAUCACUGAAUGUUUACAUUUGUUUGAAGGGUUAAAAGGUGUAUAUCUGGAGUUUGGCUGAUCAGUUUAAUUUAGAUAGUCUUUGACAGUAAACUAAGCCACAGUCAAAUAAUAGUGCCUGAUUUUGCCUUUAAGGUAUUUUGAGCAAAACGAAGAUGAUUUAAGACAGAAAGCAAAGUCUUUAGGUCUGCAUUAAAUUGUUGCCUGAUUGGAUGUUAUUUGUCAGCUCCUUUCAGGGAAGAAAUUAACAACUAUGUAAAGUGCAUCUGCAAAGUGACCAGAUUUUUACAGUUUUCAGUACAUUACUUCUGUAAGGAAUGCAGUUUUUACUGAGGAAACCUAAAAUGGGACUUUCCUGUUUAUAUAGUUUAAAUAUUGAAGAGAAAAAAAGGUAUUUUGGUUAAUUUUGUGGUAAUUUGGGAUUUCUUGCCUAGGGUAAUUAAUGAAAUAAAAAUAUUAUUGAACCCUGGGUCUCCCAGCAUGGCAGCUUAAAGUACCGUAAUAGCUCAGUUCCUUAAAUGAGGUCACAGAAAAAAAAAAGGUCAUACACAGUUAACGUUAGUUUACCUGCAGCAGGUAACUUGUUUGGACCCUUGAUUUGGUAUAAACCGAGAUUAGUCGGUCCUGGAGGCUGAAGCUAACUGGUAGCUCGGGAGGUUUUAAUGUAGGUUUUAUGGGCAGUUUCCCAGGGCGGGAUUUGCAAAACAUCAACAACUUAUCUGUCAAUCGUCGAUGGGAGUCUGCCUCUUGAUUGCUGUUGAGAAAAGGGCGACUAUAUUUGUGUGUUUUGUGCAGGGCUGCGCUGCAUUUUGUCCCGCUCUGAUUUAGAUGAUUUCCUGCAUUUUGAUUGGCCGGUUAGGAGCAGCAGAAUGAGGAGGUCCAUCGAAGAGCAAAGAGGGACGAAUCAAAAACCCAAUAGCCGUCGGCGUAAGCAUUAUUUUACGAAACUUUAAAAUUUAGUCACGUUUGCUUUGGGUAUUUUUUUUCUCUACGCAGAAGAUGAGUGAUUAUUUAUACGGGAAAUGAAGGUAGGAGGCGGAGCAACACCUGUGUGAAAUGCCAAGAAUGAAAUAUGUAAAGUAGGCGCUAGGAGCUGGUUGAUGUUAAAGUAAUGCAGUACUACGGUUAAUAAAACAACAUACCAUCAUUUUCACCACCUAGUUUAAACUCGCAGAGAAUGAGGACAAUGGUAUGCAAACCAAAGAUAUACAACGUCUGUAGAUAAGACAUUGCGGCUUUCCCAUUCAAGGCUUGGAAAUAUGAUCUUCAAAGGAAUACAAACAUGGCCUUGCAGGAAUCUUAGAAAUAAGAAUAUUAUUAAUGAAGCACGUCUAAUGAUCAAAACAUUAAAGUGAGUUUUAAAAACAUUGGAUAUUGCUGACUGAGGAUGCUAUAGACAUGGGAUGAGAGACUGUUUUGGUUUGCCGUGGGAAUCCGUUUAAGACAUGAUCUGUAAUUAGAAGAAGGGUUAGUGAGAAGCAUGCGAACGGUUAGAUUUCAGGGGUUCAUUUGUAAGAUAAACCACCCAAGGCAAAACGUGCAAGGGUUUGAAGUUUCAUAAAAUAGUGUUUGCAUAAACCGCUUAGUGGCUUUUGAGACUGGGGUUGUUUAAAGAUGUCAGACGUCUUGUUUUGAACCCGCCGUCAGCGUCAGCCUCCAGGUCCAAGUAGCCUGGAUUUAUACUAAAUGAAAAUACUUAGAGGGUUUUAAACUACCAGCAAGACAUUAACUGCUUACAACCUUUAUACAGAACCACAUUCAAAAAUAUUGAGUAGUCGCUUUAAAUACAUGUUUUAGCCUCUUAUGGUGAAAUAAAACACAUUACCUUAAGUGCAUUUUUGCUGAAUAGUUUUUUUUCAGCAAUGCAAAAUGAAAUGUUUUUUUGUUUUGCAGAGUUCGUUGUGACUGUGUUUUUUCCAACUUUACACCAGAUAGGCUAUAAUUGUAUUAUUUUCUGAUAUAGACAGGAUGAUUUGAAACUCUGACACUGUUGAAGGUGUUUCUUUAAAGCUGUUUGAAUGUGUAUGCUGAAAUAAUGUAAAACAUUAUUGGUCAGCUUAAACAAUCGGCUAUAGACAAAAAAAAAAGAAACCCAGGUCUUAGACAAAUUCAAAACUCAAUCGCUAUAUUAAAAUUUUUUUUUUAUGCCAGCGUCUAAUUUUGAUCCGAAUGAAACUUGCUUUGGUCAUUAAUAUGUCUCUUUUUGAUAUAUUUGCUAGAACUGUUUCUUUUUUAAAAAAAGGUCAUAAUCCUGAUAUAAUCAGAUGGAAUGACCUCUGAUAUUUUUUCUUGGCUGAGGCCUUGUGCAACAAACUGACUUCAGUCAAAAAAGUGGGAUUCCCUUUAAUUAUGGUGUUUGCCAUUUCUUUUGUAUCAUAACUUUUGAUGGAAAGCUAUUUUUCAACAAAAAAAAAUUAUCUCCAUGAAGAAACAACCGAGUUCUUGUGCCUUGCUUAUUGGCCUCUUCAGAGACUGAAGGUGUAUUUGUGUAUUUUAAAUUCAUGAUUUGUAUCAUAACUAUCACGUGCAGCAGCAUUUGUUUUAUUUAUUUGCCUUAUGCGCAGACAUCAGAAUGUUCCUCUCAAAUCAAACGAUCGCUGUGACUCUGUGACCGGGGCGCGUUGUUGUUUUUAUUUAUUGCCAGUCAGCUGUGUUAUUUUUGGUAUCACAUGAUAAGAAGCCUUACAAGAACACUGUCCUCAGACAUGUUUGUGGCUUUCGUCGGAGCCACAGCAAAGUAACCAGUUAUGUAACCCUGAGCGGAGAACACAAGUGGACGUGCUCUGUGCGGCUGGGAGACCAUCAGCUUUGGAUGAGGUUACAUAAAACGGCAGCCGUCAGGAAUCCGCUGGAGCAACAAGAUGCGAGUCACAACGUCUGGAGCCACUCCACCCAUAAGGACACAACAUAAGAAGGGGCCUUAGUUUCCAUACUGAGAAGAUGGUACGGUUCUUAUAAAGGAGCAUCUGUCUGUAAAAAAA